AUGGGCGUCUUCUCCCGCCGCAUGACCACCGCCUUCAACACCCUCUGGCAAGGCUCCCUCGACCCCUUCAACGCCACCACCGCCUCCCUCCGCACCCUCACCGACGGCGACGACCCCGCCCAGGUCGCCGCCGCCAACGAGGUCGAUCCCAACGAUCCCAACAGCAGCAGCAGCACCGCCACCACCGGCCGCGUCCUGUCCUACGAGGCCCUCAACCAGACCUUCACCGAGGCCGUCAUCAUCCGCGCCAUCAUCCCCGCCGACGCCACCAAGACCCGCAAGACCGACGUCUACCGCGCCAACCACUACUGGAUCGGCAUCCUCAUCGCCGCCACCGUCGUCCUCGAGCUCAUCGCCAUCGCCAGCGCCGCUUUCGAGUUCAUCACCCUCGCCCCCGACGUCCUCGCCUACGCCAGCUCCAUGGUCCGCGACAACGUCUUCGUGCCCCAGCCCGCUACGGGCUCCGCCCUCCACGGUACCGAGAGGUCCCGCCUGCUCAAGGAUAUGCGCGUCCAGAUUGCCGAUGUUUGGCCCGAGAAGGAGGUGGGCUACGUGGCGUUUUCGGCGGUGGGCGAGGGUCCGCCGUGGAGGCGGCUGACGCGGGACAGGGUGUAUAGAUAG